GAACGCGGUGUUACAAUUAGUUCGAAAUAAUUUUCCCAGAUGUUGAAUUUAAUUCUGUAUCCCCCUGUAUCGAAAUUUAUUGCAAGAAAUUUCUGUAACGCAAGUUAUAUUGAAAGUUGUGUGUGUGCGCCGUAGUACUCGUUGCGCUAGGAAUUAUAGUUUGUUUGUUAUAACUCGCGAACGCGGUGCUACAAUUAGUUCGAAAUAAUUUUUCUAGAUGGUGAAUUUAAUUCUGUAUCCUCCUGUAUAGAAAUUUAUUGCAAGAAAAUUCCGUAACGCGAGUUAUAUUGAAAGUUGUGUGUGUGCGCCGUAGUACUCGUUGCGCUAGGAAUUGAGUCUCUACUACCGCCACCUUCGUACGGUGCCUUGAAUGGGAGUCACUACAGUCGCUACCUUCGUACGGUGCCCUAAAUGGGACUCUUUAUGGAUCCUUUGGAUGAAGCAUUGGCAAUUCCUGAGAUGCCCAAGUUUAUCAAUAAGGAGCAAGUUGAGAGAUUCCGUGGUACUGGUAGAGUGCGUAUUGAGGAUGAUGUUUUGACUACUGAAAAUGGAUGUGUCAACUGGACUAAAAUACCCAGAACUGUCCACGAAAUUGAAGAUUGGAUUGCCGGUGUUGAUGAUGAUUCCAAACACGAUUGAAUGAAUUUACAACAUUUUGAAGCUGAUAUUGAUAUCAUAUUAUGUAUCUAGUGAAAUGGUAUAAAAGGGCAUUAUAUAAUUGCAUAUUAUUAUCCUGUUUUCAUGCAUGUAUUGUUAAAAAUGCUGUAUAUAUUGAGGAAUUGAGUUUGUGAUUCUACAUGUUUGAAUAAAAUUGUUGUUUUAUA